AUGAAUCAUUCAAAGAGCUCUGAUGGGCAACUAAUUUCAUGCCCUGUUUGCAAUAAGCAGAUUCCUUACAUUUCGAUUAACUCACACCUGGAUUCUUGUGCCUCUGGGGGCAGUGAGAAUGAACCCAAGCGACAACAUACCUUAACUGGUGUCUUGGGUGGAAACAGGAAAAGAAAAUCCUCAAAUUCCCAAGUUGUUGACUUGGAGGCUGAUGAGAGAGUUACACAGGCAGGCUCAAACGACAGUAAGAAAAGCAAGGAAUCAAAAGAUUACUCCUUAGAUCGGGAAUACCGGUGGUUAUUGAAAAUUAGUCAUUUACCACUAAGUGAGAAGCUCAGGCCUAGGGAUAUACGAGACUAUGUUGGCCAGCGACACAUCCUUUCACAGGAGAAUGGAACUCUGUCCAAGUUCGUUAAGCAAGGAAUUCUUCCGUCAAUGAUCCUGUGGGGACCUCCAGGUGUCGGGAAGACCUCAUUGGCACGUUUAUUAACCAAGACGGCUUGCGACAGUGGGACCACAUACCACUUGAUAGAGACAAGCGCGACAAGAGCCAAUACUUCGGAACUUCGUUCGAUAUUUGAAAAGGCCAAGAACGAUUUCAAUCUGACGCGAAGAAGAACUGUCUUAUUCAUUGAUGAAAUUCAUAGGUUCAAUAAGGGUCAACAGGAUUUGCUACUUCCUUACGCCGAGAACGGUGAUAUAGUGCUUAUCGGUGCCACUACUGAAAAUCCAAGUUUCCAACUCAACAACGCUCUGAUAAGUCGGUGCCAUGUAUUUGUUCUUAAUAAACUCAACCUUACCGAGAGCUGCAUCGUCUUAUCUAGAGGCAUAGCUCUGCUAAAUAAGUGCAGGCAGAUGAUAUGGAAAGUCGGGCAUCCAUUAAAGCUUUCAAGAGCCAUUCUAAAAUAUAUUGUUGAUUUGUCAAUGGGAGACAUCCGUCGCGCACUAAAUUUACUAGAAAUGAUAGAAGUAUCUAGCAGAGAUACUGGACCGAAAGAGCUGACAAUUGAAGAUGCUCGGUCGAUGAUCAAAAACAACAGUGAAGACGGCCUAAACACAUAUUACGACACACAUGGUGACAAUCAUUACGACACCAUCUCCGCCUUUCACAAAGCCAUUCGUGGUUCGGAUGAGAAUGCAUCACUUUAUUAUUUGGCACGUAUGCUACAAGGCGGCGAAGAUCCGCUUUACAUAGCCCGCCGAAUGAUCCGAAUUGCCAGCGAAGAUAUAGGAUUAGCCGAUAACAGCCUUUUGCCUCUCGCAGUAGCCGCACAUGAUGCUGUAACGAAGCUAGGGCUGCCCGAGGCAGACCUUGCUCUUGCUCAGUGCUGUGUCGCCCUGGCUCGCUCACCAAAGUCGGUGGAGGUUUACCGUGGUUGGAACAAACUGAAAGCAAUGCUCAAGGAAAACACAUUCUCCUUGGCUAGCAGUGGCAUCCCCAUGCACAUACGGAAUGCGCCAACGGAACUCAUGAAGGAGCUCGGCUAUCACAAAGGUUACAAGUAUAAUCCCGAUUACCUAGACGGUAAAGUGAAGCAGGAGUAUUUCCCACAGGAAGUCCUGGAACAGUGUCCGGACCGGAGCGAUUUAAUCUUUGUCAACGGGAAACCGCUUGGUGACCAGAUCGACUCGGACUUGGAAAACGAAUAA